AUGACACUGAAAUGCCUAAGGGGAAGUACUAGUGGACAACAAAAACCUUCAUCUGUUGCUGGUGCUGAAAAUGAUAUAAACAUGUUGAAAGAACUUUGUCCUGAUGCUAGUGAAUCAGAUAUAUGUGAUGCAUUAAGUUUUUCAAGUGGGAAUAUUGAUCAAGCUGCUCAGCAAUUAUUGUUGACAGAUAAUCAAAAUGAUCUACCCAAUGUGUUUAUUGAUGAUGAUGAUGAUCAAGACAUUAUUCAAGAAACUGAAAAUUCAUUUGAUAGUGUACCUGUAGUAGUUGAUGUUUCGUCUCCAGCAAGUGCCCUCAAAUAUUUUCAACAGCAAAACACAGAUGAAGAUAGUCCCCAUCAACGCUUUUCUGUUUGCAGAAUGGAUGGAGUUGCAGAAUUAAGGAGGGACAUAAUCGGUAUUUACAAAAAUCAAAAAACAAAUCUUCGAGCAAAACCUAAAGUGCGAUUUGAGGAAGAGGGUGCUGUGGGUUCUGGCCCAGUAAGAGAAUUUUUGUCCCUUGCGAUGAAGGUUGUGGAGGAGGGUAUACCUUCUGCUACGUCAAAACCACUUAUUUUCUUGGAAGGUGAUAAAGAUCAUCUUCUUCCCAUACACGAUCAAUCCCUUCGCCUGACGGGCACCUUUAAGGCCCUCGGGAGGAUUAUCGGCCAUUCAAUCCUACAUGGUGGUCCUGGCCUUCAUGGUCUAUCCCCAACAGCAGUACACUACUUCACUACUGACCACGAAUUGCUCUUUCAACCACCACCACCUGUCACCCUUGAUGAUAUCCCUGAUAUUGAACUAAGGAGUCUUAUAUCACAGCUUGAUGUUAUGGACGUAAUUGCUAACCCUGCAGCUGAAUUGAGGUGUGCCCUUCAACCAUACUUAUUUGAAGCUGGAAUAGACCCAGACAACUUGAUAAGCAACAAAAAACUUACUGUUGAUGGAUUAAUACUAUAUCAAGUCCGAGAUAAAAGGCGUCUAGAACUUGAUGACAUGGCAAACGGUUCAAAUGGAGUGGUUGAUAUUAUAACAUUUUGGACAGGAAGCAGCAAGAUUGACUCAACAGAUGAUAAUUCUCUGCUGGUCACUUUUGAUGGUGGCGCAAAUAUGUUACCCCUAGCGGAGACAUGCUUCAAGAAAGUAAUACUGCCAGAAAAGCACAAUAGCUACGAAGUUUUCAAAAAGUACAUGGACAUUGCUAUUACGCAUGGGGCUAAAGGUUUCAGUUUCACCUAA